AUGACAUUCAAGCGAAGGAAUGGAGGCCGCAACAAGCAUGGCCGCGGUCAUGUCAAGUUCAUCCGCUGCUCCAACUGCGGCAAAUGCUGCCCAAAGGACAAAGCUAUCAAGAGGUUUCUUGUGAGGAACAUAGUUGAGCAAGCUGCUGUUAGGGAUGUGCAAGAUGCUUGUGCAUUUGAUAGUAAUUCUCUUAGCUUCUUUAUUUUUUAUGCAAUUUCUUUUUUAGAAUUAGUUAUUUGCUUUGUAAUGAUGAAGAUAAUUAACCAAAUGGUAGCUGUUAUGUGUAUUUAGCGUACACUCUCCCCAAGUUGUAUGUGAAGAUGCAGUACUGCGUUUCAUGUGCAAUUCACUCAAAAGUUGUUAGGGUCCGCUCUCGCACAAAUAGGAGGAACCGUGAACCACCUCAGCGAUUCAGGCGCCCAAGAGAGGAUCUUCCAAGGCCAGGGCAAGCACCGCGUCCUGCUUGGGGAGCUCCAGUUGCUGCUCGUACUUGAAAACCCACUUGUUAUUCUGCUCUACUAAGCUUUUAAACUUGGUUUCUGUGGAGUUUCAUUAUGCUUCAGUAUAUAAAGGUUUUGACCUUGACUGUUACUUUGUUUUAUUUUAAGGUGGCAUAGUACCUUCUUAUCAUUCAAAAUUGCUCUAAAACUAAAGAGUUUUAAAUUCUAUCAAUGAAGUGUUUUCAGACUUGUGACUGCUUGAUUAUGGAGAUACACACCCUUUUAUCAUAGCAUAUAGUUCAGUGUCGAACUCGGGGAGUUCAUAGCUAGAGGGAGAUCUAGGGAACAUUACAUUAUUAUUCAUAGUUUAUAAAGUGAAAACCAUGUUUUCAUUUUUUAUCAUAAUUUGAUGCGCAACCCUUGAUUUUACUUUGCUGAAAUUUAAUGGCCUUGUAUUAUUAUAGCUGGUUGCAAUAUAUUAUUGCAGUAGGAAUGCAAAACCUUGUUGAGUUCAAAGCCAUUCUUAUAUAUGACUAUAACCUGCAAUAUCUUUAAAUUUCUUGCUUCAUGCUGUGGUUUAAUAAUUCUGUGAUGGUUGCAGUAUCCUUUUAGGUCACAUGGUACAGGAACAGGAUUAUCAUGGUCGUCCUUGCUUUGGCAGAGGAAGAAAUCUUAUGGUGGUCUUGUAAAUCACAUGUUUAUUACUUCCUAUAGGAAAUCAUCAGGCUUAGCCCUCGGAUUUGACAGUCUAAUCAUCAGCAUUCAAUAUUAAUAUUAAACUAUCCAAAGGAUUAAGUGAAUUCUAAUUGUAUGCACGUGUUAGUCAUUAGGUAAUUAUUCAAAGGUAAUUUUUUUUUUUUUUUGAGAUA